AUAACCCGCCCGGACUGUUUUAUUGACGCAAGCGCACUGAGGCCCAACAAAGGGCCGAAAUAAGAACGGUUCGCAAGUGAAUCUGAUGUAUUUAUGUCAUAAAAAUGGUGAAAUCUGUGAAGUGGCGAGUAGAAAUUAGGAUAUUCGACGUGUCGAAUCAUGACCGAGGCAUCUGAAAAUGCCUAUUUGGUGCGGGUGCGAGCGCAGGUUAUGUGCCGCGACGAAGGGACGGGCGGCUGGGUGGCGCUCGGCGGCGGCGGGCUCGCUGAUGUCAUGGUCGGGAAGCGAGCCCGCACCCAUAGGGCUUCAGCUGGGGGCGAAAAUAACGGUGAGAUACCAAUGCCCGGCACAUCGACAUCAGCGGUAAUCCCAGCGAUCGCACCUACGCACGAAUACUUUAUACAUGGGAAACGCAUCAGUGAUGGCUUGGUAGUACUAGAAUGCACGAUAAAGAAAGAUUUCCAGUACAACAAGGUGAUGCCUACCUUCCACCACUGGGUGACGGAUGAGAAGCGCUUCGGCUUGACCUUCCAAACAGCGGCUGAUGCUAGAGCCUUCGACAAGGGCGUGAGAACUGCCAUCGAAGAACUGCUCGACGGUUUGGGUGGCGCCUGGCCUUCACUUCACGCGUACAAAAAACACAACCCAGCGCCGAAAGAAGAGGAUGAAGAAUCUAAUAUCUUCGAGUGUCUGAACCUGCCAUGUGAGUCGCGCUCAAGCUCCGAGAACUCGACGGCCAGCCGGCGCGCGCGGCCCCUCGACGACAUCACGCAGACACCCAUCCUCUCCGCCAUCACGCUGCCGCGACAUCCACUCUCAGACUCGCUGACGCAGUACGAGGCUCAAUUCGACGAAACCGUGCACGCGGUGGAAGAACCGGAAAUCGAACGGUGUCCCUACGUACAUCUGUCUGCUGUGCAUGAGUAUACUUACCCCGCGGUGAGUGCGAGUGGAACUAUCAGCUCGGAGAUGUCUUCGCCCAACACCAAGCCGCCUUUACUGAAGCGAGACUCUGGGUCGAUAAAGAAGGGUGGUAGUGGUGGGUAUAGCAGUGGUCCCCCGCCUCUGCCGGACAAGAAGCCGGCGGAGGCCACGUUCCAGGCGAGGAUCAAGUGCAGGCACUGUCACGAGUGGUACUUGGAGAGUGCGAACCGCGCGGGUGCGUGCGAGUUCGCCCCCGACUGUUUCCGGUCCUGCAUCGACUGUGUCUCCUGUAUCAAGUGCGCACAGUGCAUGUUGUACCACUGUAUGGCGGACGCGGAGGGUGACUUCGCGCUCCACCCCUGUGCCUGCGCCCCACCCGAUGAAGCCUGCGCGAAACGUUGGAUGGGCGUGAGCCUGCUGAGCGUGUUGGUGCCGUGCCUGUGGUGCUACCCCCCGCUGCGCGCGCUGCACGCCGCCGCCCGCCUCGCGCGCGCCCGCGCAGGCAUGCACGCGCCCGCCGCAGACCAUGCAUAGCCGGGCCCGACCUAACACCUACCCGCGCCGGACCUACUACCUGCCAGGACCCGAUGAACACGCACUCGACGCGCUCAAAUCAGCAAAUAACUAUUCAAACACGCCGCUGAACUCAAAUGGCUAUCAGAACAGCUAAUCGGUCACCUAAUGGCUAUGAAAACACAGCGCUAAAGUCACCUUAUGGCUACAAGACGUUAUGCACUGUCCUUAGUACUGAUCCUAGUAUGAAAAUACUGUUUUAUACUUGAAAGUAUUGCGCAGUAUUCAUAUAGAUGGA